UACUAAGGGGAGGAGGGGUUACGUCCUAAACUACCGGAGAGACGCCCAUGCUCAAACUCACGCUCACACUCACACUACUUAUCAACUGUCUGUCCUGACAAGACUGAGACAUCAGAUGUCCGCGGGAAAUAUGGAACUUGAGGGAAAAAGAAAAAUGAAGGAGCAAUGUGCCCUGAGGAAGGACAUCAUCAAAGAGUUCCUGGCAGAAUUUCUGGGGAUAUUCGUAUUAAUAGUUCACCUCCCCAUCCUGUCCUGUCUGUCUGAGUGGCACAGCUCAGUGGCUGGGUUUACUGAGGCUCAGUCUCAGUGGCUUCAAUGAGUCAGUGGUCAUCCUGAUCAGCGCCACAACAUAAAUGGACUAAUCCACUCCUCACAACAGAAACAGCUAUUUUUGGACAAAAUCAUUCCUUCAACACUUUUGUUUUGAUUUGCUUGUCCUUCUAAUAAAACAAUGAAAGGAUGAAUGAUAAUUUCCCAUGCUUCAAAUGGGACAUAUUCGAUGGCAUUCUUCUUACAGGGUUCAGGGGGAACGCACUGAUCUAAAAGAAAAUCUAAUUAGAAAUGAAGGCUGUAGAACAAGAGGACUAGUCUUUUAUGCAUAAUUAGAAAUGAAAAAACAACUUUUUCUUCCUCCUGCCAACAUGUUUUUGCUUUUGUUUUUUGUCUCUGUCUCCGUCCCAGCUCUUUGGAUGUGGCUCGGUGGCCCAGACAGUGCUGAGUAAGGGAGCUCUGGGAGAACCCCUGACCAUCCACAUCGGCUUCACUCUGGGGGUGAUGAUGGCCGUCUACGUGGCUGGGGGAGUGUCAGGGGCCCAUGUGAACCCAGCAGUCUCUCUGGCCAUGGUGGUCCUGGGCAAGCUGCCUAUAAAGAAGUUCCCUGUCUACGUGGCAGCACAGUUCCUGGGUGCCUUCGCUGGAUCUUGUGCUGUCUAUGGGUUGUAUUACGAUGCCUUAAUGGAACACACAGGAGGAGUUAUGCAAGUUACUGGCAUCAAUGCCACAGCUAAUAUAUGGGCAUCCUACCCUGCCAAGCACAUCUCAGUCCUUGGAGGAUUCGUAGACCAGGUGAUAGGAACAGCUGCCUUGAUCCUGUGCAUUCUGGCCAUUAUUGAUGGGAAGAACAUUGGCGCUCCUAAAGGGAUGGAGCCACUGUGCAUUGGCCUGAUCAUAAUGGCCAUCGGAGUGUCCAUGGGACUCAACUGUGGCUAUCCCAUCAACCCUGCUAGAGACCUGGGCCCAAGGCUCUUCACUGCUGUGGCCGGAUGGGGCAUGGAGGUGUUCCGUGCUGGAGGCUGCUGGUGGUGGAUCCCAGUAGCGGGGCCAAUGGUGGGAGGAGUGGUGGGAGCCGCCAUUUACUUCCUGUUCAUCGAGCUGCACCAUGCCGAGCCUGAGAAACAGGGGGAGAACAACGUCAAGGACAAAUACGAGAUGGUCACCCUGAGUUAGACAGAGAGGCCAUGAGCACCAAUGGUACUGAGGCUUGGCAGCUUCCUACCCCUUUAACCCUCAACAGGCUAAACAUUCACUUCAAUGAGGCCACACUUGACACAACCUUCUCUGCUUGCACAAGAGUAAUUUCCUCUGUCUAAGGGACCUGAGGUCAGGUCUCAGUCUCUGCAUUCUCAUGGACAGGUCUGCUGAAAGAAUGCCAAUUGAGCCAAAACAUUAAAAAAUGAAAAGAUGUAUGUAAUGUUAAAUUCACAAUCACAAGCUGAGAUCUCAGGCAUGUUUACUAGCCCAUGACAUCAUCAUCAGGUGUUCAGACUAUCCAUUCUACUCUUAAUAAUUUAUAUUGCAUCUCUUGUAUAGGGCUAUUUUUCAUUGCAGGAGGAAUUUGCCAAGUUUGAAACCAUCUCAUUAUUUUCUAUCUUUCAGGCAGAGGUGAUGGUAAAUGUUAUUAACCACAUUAAUGGCAAAUGUUAUUAACAACAUAGAAAAUAGCCAGUCACAGUUUCUGUGAUUGAAGGAAGGAAGUGUGUAUAUUUUUUUGUCAUUGAGCUAGUUUAAUGGUAUGCUCUCUGGAGUGUCUUCCGUCUUCUGCUUCACUUCGUCCAUCUAUUUGUUACAGUUAUGUGAAUCGCUCUGCCUGCUGCGACACACAGCCUCAUCACUGCAUGUGUGCUAUAGCUAACACACAUCUAUGUAUUUGUGCUUUGAAAUGCUCAUAGUCUUUUUUUUUUUUUUUUAGAGUGCAGAAAAAACAGACAAUGUGUGUGAAAUGAGCCUCCCACCGUUCUCUCGUUGAGCACAGAACUGUGUAUCGUGACACGGCAUCACUUCUAAAUGAUUUUUUAUCUGACUAUUAUUUCCUCUUAUAUAACGUUCCUGCUGUCAUGUGCACACAUUUUCAUAGAAGCAUGAGUAGGGAAGCCUAGUAUCUACAGUACCUAGCAUGAGUAGGGAAGCCUAGUAUCUACAGUACGUAGCAUGAGUAGGGAAGCCUAGUAUCUACAGUACCUAGCAUGAGUAGGGAAGCCUAGUAUCUACAGUACCUAGCAUGAGUAGGGAAGCCUAGUAUCUACAGUACCUAGCAUGAGUAGGGAAGCCUAGUAUCUACAGUACCUAGCAUGAGUAGGGAAGCCUACUAGUAUCUACAGUACCUAGCAUGAGUAGGGAAGCCUAGUAGUAUCUACAGUACCUAGCAUGAGUGGGGAAGCCUAGUAGUAUCUACAGUACCUAGCAUGAGUAGGGAAGCCUAGUAGUAUCUACAGUACCUAGCAUGAGUAGGGAAGCCUAGUAUCUACAGUACCUAGCAUGGACAUGUUUUAAUAAACAAUAUACUGUAUGAAGAGUCCAAUGAGAGAUAGUUUACCCCACUGGCCAAUGGCCAUAUGGGAAUGUAUAAAAAUUGUUUGUUUAUCGUAAUCAUUACAUUAUUCCUCCAAUGAUGUGACUAGGAUUUAACCACUAAGGAACUCCUACACUAUGACCAAUAGUGAACUGGACAAUAACAGAAUAACAUCAGUACAACUUCCAAGAAUAGAGCCCUCAGACAAAAACACUCAAAUGAACCAAGUCCUUCCAUCCUAGUGAUGUUAUUUAGCCAUGGGUGGGCAGAGGAACAGGGCUGGGCAGAGGAACACUAGUUCCCUAUUCCCAGAAGAGCCCUCACCAAUGAAACACAUAGCAUUUUAUAACCUGUAUGUGGCUUGCUACUGAACCAGAUAUAAUUCGUAGGGGAAAAUGUAGCUCUUUAGAAAUGAUUUUCUCUAUUAUUUUGCACCUUUGUUACUUAGUGGUUUAGUUGCUGUAGUUUCUUAUUGUAGUUAGUUUUUUGUUUAAAGAAAUUGCUACAUGUACUUUGGAUGACUACAUGACGCUAGCUUGAUUCUCCUGAGAUUCAACCUUUGGAGGAGUACAAUGUUUUAUGGCUGUUGUUUUUCUGUUGCUUCACUUGACUUAAAAAAAUGAUAAAAGGCACUUUUACUCACACAAUUUUUCUCAGAUGCUAUUUGAUAAAAGUUACUUCUUUGUAAAGGCAAUUUUGUAGAUUUUACAAAAAUAAAUAUUUGAUGUGUA